UACUUAAAUCUACAAUUAUCUCUCUACUUAAAUCUACAAUUAAAUUUAAUCAACCAAAUCAGUGAAAAUCACCACUGACUCAUCAUCAAUCGCAUACUGUUCUCCCUCUAAAGGCGCACUACACUGUCACCCUAUCACUCCAUGACUAAAGACAGAGAGAGACGUCUCAAGACAUCUACAUUUCAAUCACUUCUCUCUAACACAUUUUCUCUCUCUAUAUCUAUAUGCUGCAUCUACAUGAUAGCCGGUUAGAGAAGGAUUAUAGCAGAAAGUGAAAAUCUUUGUCUAUUGUUCAGGAGGAGUGGAUUUGAAACCCUAUUAUUUGGAUCUUGGCGGCAUUUGGAUUUGGAUGUGAGAGGAGAGAGGGGGAAGUAGGGAGGAGGUCGAUCAGAUCGGACAUGGCGGAGUUUUCAGGCGAUGGAGGCGGGUGGACGGGGGAGCUGACUAGCUGCGGCAAUGGUACUCCGACGGUGGCACCACUCACGUUGUCUGCAUCGUUCAAGGAAGGAGGAAGCAAGGGCUCGUCGAGGCGGAGGCCAGUGAGGCCGAGCUUCGAUGCUGAUAAUGAGUUCAUUACGCUGCUGCACGGGUCGGAUCCGGUGAAGGUGGAGCUUAAUCGAUUAGAGAAUGAAGUCAGAGACAAGGACAGAGAGCUAGGGGAAGCACAAGCUGAGAUCAGGGCGCUAAGGUUAUCUGAGCGUGCAAGAGAAAAGGCGGUUGAAGAGCUCACUGAAGAACUUGCAAAGAUGGAUGAGAAGCUCAAGCUAACAGAAUCUCUCUUGGAAAGCAAAAACCUUGAAAUCAAGAAAAUCAAUGAUGAGAAGAAGGCGUCCAUGGCAGCUCAGUUUGCUGCCGAAGCCACUCUUCGAAGGGUUCAUGCUGCUCAAAAGGAUGAUGAUAUGCCUCCAAUUGAAGCCAUUCUUGCCCCUCUAGAGGCUGAGCUUAAGCUUUCCAAGCAAGAGAUGGCAAAACUUCAAGAUGAUAAUAAAGCAUUAGACCGACUAACAAAAUCAAAAGAAGCAGCUUUACUCGAAGCUGAGAGGACUGUCCAAGUUGCAUUGGCUAAGGCUUCAAUGGUGGAUGAUUUGCAAAAUAGGAAUCAAGAAUUAAUGAAACAGAUAGAGAUAUGCCAGGAAGAAAAUAAAAUCUUAGACAAGAUGCAUAGGCAAAAGGUUGCAGAGGUUGAAAAGCUUACUCAAACUGUACGGGAGCUGGAAGAGGCUGUUCUUGCUGGUGGUGCAGCUGCCAAUGCUGUUAGGGAUUACCAGCGGAAAGUUCAGGAGUUGAAUGAGGAAAGGAAAACUAUUGACCGGGAGCUAGCCCGUGCAAAGGUAACAGCAAACAGAGUGGCCGUGGUGGUUGCAAAUGAAUGGAAAGAUGCUAAUGACAAAGUGAUGCCUGUUAAGCAGUGGCUGGAAGAACGGAGAUUCUUGCAGGGAGAAAUGCAGCAACUCCGUGACAAGCUUGCUAUAACUGAGCGAGCGGCGAAGUCUGAAGCUCAGCUGAAAGAAAAGUACCUACUAAGGCUAAGAGUGCUAGAAGAGAGUUUGAGAGGAACUUCUAACAGUUGUAAUCGUGGUACCACAGAAGGAAGAAGUAUAAGCAAUGGACCUUCUCGUCGCCAGUCCUUGGGUGGAGUUGAUAACAUCUCAAAGUUAACUGCAAAUGGAUUUCUAUCCAGAAGAAUGCCAACCUCUCAGUUGAGAUCUUUGUCAUCCAGCACUAGCACAGUGUUGAAGCAUGCCAAAGGGACAUCAAAAUCAUUUGACGGAGGCACAAGAUCGUUAGACAGGAGUAAAGCGCUUCUAAAUGGAGCUAGCUUGCAUAAAUCUUUCAACCAGUCUAGCGGGGGAAGUAAGGAUAGUGAAGCAACUAAUACCUGGAAAGGAAAUGCAGAUGACAAGCCCAAUGAGUUUCCAAUGCCAGAUACUGAGGAUAAUGUGCCAGGAGUGUUGUACGAUUUGCUGCAGAAAGAGGUUGUAGCUUUAAGGAAAGCUGGUCAUGAAAAAGAUCAAAUCCUCAAAGAUAAAGAUGAUGCUAUUGAGAUGUUGGCAAAGAAGGUGGAAACAUUGACUAAAGCAAUGGAGAUUGAGGCGAAGAAGAUGAGAAGAGAAGUGGCUGCCAUGGAGAAGGAGGUGGCCGCCAUGCGUGUGGAGAAAGAUCAUGAGAACAGGGCUAAGCGAUAUGGUAGUUCCAAGGGACCUGCCAAUUCUAGUCAGAUGCUUCCUGGAAGAAAUGUAUCACGAAGUGGGUUAACACGCAGCACCCAAUGACAGAGACACUCGAGGCAGCAGUAAGGAGUAAAUAUGCCGAGUAGGCAUUGUUCUUGGUCCUUUUCUUCGACGUUUUUCUUUUUUUCCUGUCCCAUUCUUAUGAAUGAUUAGAAGACUAUAACUUGCAUGCCGAUGAUUCUGUGUUCACAAAGAAUUGACGAGAAAAAGAACAAGUUCCAUGGAAGAAAGUCCGCGUGCUUCUGACAUAGAUUGAUAUUUCCUGUGUUUAGAGAUCUGCAGAAAAGAUAAUGGAAGAUGGUUUGAGUUUGACUUUGGGCUAACUUUUUGGAGUGGUCAGUGAUUGCGUGAUGGUUGUUGUAUAGGUGGCUUAUUGACGUUUUCUUUUGCCUUCUCUACCUUUUUGCAGUUUACAAUUUGUUUCAUGCAGCUAGUGUGGUUGUCGGUUGAGUUUUGUUAAUAUUCUUGUAAUCAGAUAAAAGUUGGAUCUUUGUGGUUGUGUUAUUCAUCUAUAGUGUUAUUGUUGGUUACAAAAUCUAUUUCGCAGAAUGAUA